AUGGGCCAUCCAAUCUCCAAGGUGGCCUACACGCCCGUGUCGUACAUCCUCAGCGCUCUCGGUCAGCCCCUCAUUUCUGGAGGACUCUUGGCGGCCAUCACAGUCCCUUCGCCUCUUCGAGACACCGUUUGCAACGUGGUACAGACGGGCGCUCCCAUUCAUAUCGCCCACCUGAGGUCGAUACUCUUCGGCAUCCUUUUUCUGGGAAGCGUUCGAACAGCAAGUCGCGUACUGGACCAUCGCGCCAAUACGAACGAGUCGCGGUCCGACUCGUCUCGAUGGAACUUUCCAAACGAAAUCGUCGUCCUUACAGGCGGGUGCGGUGGAAUAGGCAAGUCUAUCGCCGGGUUGUUGUCAGCAAGGGGCAUCCAGGUUGCGGUUCUUGACAUACAGGCGUCGCCUCCCGAGUUUGACGAGAACCCGAACAUCCACUACUUUUACUGCGACAUCACGUCCCAGCGCAGUGUUCGGGACGUCGCGCAGCAGAUACGCGAUACCCUUGGGGAACCAUCUGUGCUCGUCAAUAACGCCGGAAUCAGUCAUCGCAAGUCCAUCAUCGAACUGUCACGCGCGAAUCUCGAGCAGACGUUUCAAGUCAACGCCAUUGCGCACUGGACAACAUGCCAAGAGUUCCUGCCGGCCAUGAUCGCCGCCAACAAGGGCCACAUUGUCGCAGUGGCUUCAUUGGCGGCAUUUGGGGCCAUGCCGUUGCAAGGCGACUAUGCUGCGACGAAGAGCGCAAUCCUGGCCUUUCACGAGUGCCUCAUCGGUGAACUCAAGCACAUCCACAAAGUGGAAGGCAUCUUGAACAGCGUGGUAUGUCCUGGAUGGACGCGAACCCCCAUCAUCGCCAAGUGGGGACCAAAGAUUUCGGAGGGCGCCAUGGACCCAGAAAGGGUGGCAACGAGGGUGGUGGAACAUGUCGUGGAAUGUGUGGGAGGGCAAAGCUUUGUGCCGGAAAGCCUGGGGCCUCUGUCCAUUACAAGGGCAUUGCCGCUGUGGCUUCAAGCAGUCGUGCGCGACGCAGCGUGGAAACUUAUGAUGAACAAGGCGUAG